AUGUGCGAGUUUCAUGAAGAGGACGAGCCUCGAGUAGUCUCCGACUCCAAGAGCCACAAGAGAAACCUCAGCAGCGGCACAGUCGAUGCCUCCCCAGUGAGACGAUCAAAAAGGCAAAGAUCGACUACCAAUCUUAAGGAACUAUCUUCUUCAGAGGAAUCAGAGGGAGAAGGCGACGUCAAGGUUAUACCAGCAAAGGCGAAACAGACGAAAAAGCCUCGAGCCCCUUCGUCCACAAAGAAGAUCAGCAGCCCGGAAGCAAAACCAGUUGCGGAUGUUAAAAGCGAACGUAAAGAACCAACUGAUAUCAAAACCGAAGUCGACACCACAGCCGGCACGCAGAAGGUCAAGGCUACUCCUGCUAAGAGAGUAAAGAAGACCAAAGAGCAGAAGGAAUCCGAAGCCAUGCCUCUUCUGCCACGUACACAGGGGCUGAAGAUGUUUGUUGGUGCCCAUGUCAGUGCUGCGAAGGGCGUCUUCAAUUCAAUUCAUAACUGUGAACAUAUUGGAGGCAACGCAUUCGCUCUAUUUCUCAAGUCUCAGCGCAAAUGGGACAAUCCAGCUCUUUUGGACAAGGACCGUGAUCAAUUCCGCAAGCUUUGUGCUGAAAAGGGGUACGACGCAGCGAAACACGUUCUCCCACAUGGAUCCUAUCUCGUGAACCUUGCACAGAACGACGAGGCGAAAGCCAAGCAGGCCUACACCUCUUUCCUGGACGAUCUUCGACGAUGUGAAGCUCUUGGCAUCAAGCUUUACAACUUCCAUCCGGGAAGCACAAACCAAACUCCCCUCCCGGAAGCUCUCGCCCGCUUAGCAAAUACAUUAACCAAAGCCAUCACGGAAACGUCAACUGUAAUUCCAGUCCUCGAAACAAUGUGCGGCCAUGGGAACACGAUUGGUGGCGCGCUUUCUGAAUUCAAGGAUCUCCUCGCCCUAAUCCCAAAGGAACAUCACCAUCGUAUCGGAAUUUGCAUUGAUACUUGCCACAGCUUCGCAGCUGGAUACGACCUCGCCUCACCAGCGGGCUUCAAGGCGUUUCUCGAUGAAUUUGAGGAACUAAUUGGUAUUCAAUUCUUGAAAGCGCUGCAUCUGAACGACUCAAAGGCACCGUUUGGUAGCAAGCGAGAUUUACAUGCUAACAUUGGGACUGGAUUCUUGGGUCUCCGAGCCUUCCACAAUGUGAUGAACGAGCCACGCUUUGAGGGACUGCCCAUGGUUUUGGAAACGCCAAUUGACCGUGUGGAAGGAGAGGCCGCUGAUGAGGGGAGCGAGAGUGAGUCUGGGACAAAGAAGAAGGGCAAGAAGGCCAAGCGACCGGCUGGGGCCUCGGCGCCUACUGUUCAAGAUCCUGGUGUUUGGGCUCGCGAAAUUAAGUUGCUAGAGUCCUUGAUUGGGAUGGAUCCGGAAGGGGAGGAGUUCAAAGCUCUUGAAGCUCAGCUUUCUGAGGAGGGGCGAGAAACACGUGAGAAACAGCAGGAGCAAUAUGAUAGGAAAAGUGAGACGGAGCGAAAGAAGGAUGCGAAGACGAAAGCGAAGGGGCAGAAGAGUUUGGUUGACAUGAUGAAGGGUAAGAAAUAG